AGCUCGAAGCUGCCGAUGAUGAGAUCAAAGAGCAGAAAUGGAGGCUGUUGACGGAGGAGGAAUUGGAGUUGGUGACAUUGGAAUUGUAUGAGCGGGGCUCAUACAGUCCAUCAUAUGGCGAUGAGAAGGAAACAAUGCCCGGUAUUGAGAUCCUCGAUGAAUUGGAAGACGCGAAGAAGCGUAAAGAAAUGAUGGAUGAAGCUGAUAACGCUGCAGUAGCAUCAUCAUCACUUGGCUUAUCGUUGGCUGAGAAGGAAAUGGAGCUGAUAGCCCGAAAAGGCAUGACAGAUGAUGAAGCAACAUUUUCGGUAGAAGCACCACUGGAAGCUCAGACUUUUUUGUGGUCUGAAAAAUAUCGACCACGAAAACCAAGAUAUUUCAAUCGUGUUCACACGGGCUUCGAAUGGAAUAAGUACAAUCAAACUCAUUACGACAUGGAUAAUCCACCACCGAAA